CAACUUGCUGUAGGUCUGUGUUUCACAAGUGUAAGACGCGUGCAGCGCGACUCUUGAAAGUCUCACGGUUUUGAGAGAUGAGUAAUUUACGCACACAGAAACGUCUGGCUGCAGCUGUUUUUGGCUGUGGGAAAAAGAAAAUAUGGCUUGACCCUAAUGAGACAACAACUAUCCAGAAUGCUAACUCGCGCAAGAUGAUUCGAAAGCUGUUUAAAGACAACUUGAUAAUUCGUAAACCAGUUACAAUCCACUCUCGUUCACGGUGCAGGAAGAACCUACUAGCCAGAAGGAAGGGUCGUCAUGCUGGUACUGGUAAGAGAAAAGGUACGGCAGAUGCUCGUAUGCCUCAGAAGAUACUUUGGAUGAGGCGAAUGAGAGUUUUGAGGCGUUUGUUGAAGCGGUAUAGGGAGGCUCAUAAAAUCGACAAGCAUCUGUAUCAUUUGUUGUAUCAACAGUGCAAGGGUAAUCAGUUUAAAAACAAGAGAGUGCUGAUUGAUCAUAUUCACAAGAAAAAAGCUGAGCGUUUGCGAGCCAAACAACUAAGUGACCAGGCAGAAGCCAUGCGUCAACGCAAGCGUGAGGCUCGUGCAAAUCGUCAGCACAGGUUGGAGGAGCGCAAAAAGGCGGUCAUAGAGAGCUUUAAUGUUGCCGUUUCUAAACCAGCUCCAUCAGCGGUCCCGAAACCUGCGCCUGCGCCCGUGCAAGAAGCCAAGCCUAAAGCAGAGACUAAGGCUGCUCCAGCACCUGUUACGGCGCCAACUCCUGCACCUCAACCAGCUGCUCAAAAGGCACCAGAGCCCCAGAAGCCAGCUGCUUCAAAGGCAUCUUCGAAAGUAGCACCACCACCGAAAAUACCUAGUGCAAAGACACCAGCAGCACCACCCAAAGUCCCAACUCCUGCUGCAUCCAAGCCAACAACAUCCAAAAAGCCAGCUAAGCGUUAAAUCUAAAUAAAUUUUGAAUGGUAAAGUUCCUUCUUUUUCUAUUCAGACGAUAUAUGUCAGUGUUUCUACUA